GAAAGUGGAACAGAGGACAAGAAUUUUUACAAGAAAUUAGUGACAUUUGGCAUUGUUUUUAAGAUUGUAAAGUGUUAAAUUAGUUUAAAUUUAUCACAAAUUAAAAUAUAUAAUCAAUUUGUGAUGAUACGAAAUGAAUUAAAAGUGAUUAGAUAAAUUUUGUACAAAAAACAAAAAAGGUUAUAAUUCGAUACACAUUGAUGUGAUUUUAAAUUAUAAGUUGAUAAUUUUUAAUUCGUUUUAUUGUAAUUAAAAAAAGGUGAAAACUUAAAAUUUGAAAAUUACCAAUUUUUGAUAAAUUGUUAAUUGAUUCGUCCCUGAUAACCGCGAGUCGCCGUCUGCUUCAAAAUGGCGGCGACGGAUGGUGUGCCGGUAGAAGUCAAGGAGAGUGAGACUUGUGCAACAGAGAACAACGCGGUAAGACAUUUGCAAAAAAAAGCCUAAAUCAAAUUUCAAGAAUUCUACCUGAAAAAAUGCGAUCUGUGAGUUUGUUUAGUGAAAAAUUAAAUUGUCCGUUACAUUUUUAAGUGACGUAGUUUCCAAUAUCUAAAAGUGUGUGACCUCAAUGGGGAAAAUGGACCUUUGCUUUGGAGAUUUUCAAGCUCUUUGUCUAGAACAAAAAAUGGAGAAUAUGGAAGUUGCCGAGUCAAUAAUCCUGCCAAAUAAAGAGACUGCAUUGCAAAAUGCAAACAAUAAGGAUUCAGUUUCCGUUGAUGAUAUGACAUCGCGGGAUUAUUAUUUUGAUUCCUAUGCUCAUUAUGGAAUUCAUGAGGAAAUGUUAAAGGACGAAGUGCGUACAGUGACUUAUAGAAAUUCAAUGUAUCACAAUAAACAUCUAUUUAAGGGGAAAAUUGUCCUUGACAUUGGCUGUGGAACAGGAAUUCUUUCAAUGUUUGCAGCAAAAGCAGGUGCAGCGCGUGUCAUUGGAAUUGAAUGCUCAAAUAUUGUUGAGUAUGCGCAAAAAAUUGUCGAAGCCAAUAAUCUUUCAAAAACAAUUUCCAUAUUAAAAGGUAAAGUUGAAGAGGUCAUUUUACCCGAUGGUAUUGAAAAAGUUGACAUCAUUAUCUCCGAAUGGAUGGGUUAUUGUCUUUUUUAUGAAUCAAUGCUUGACACUGUUUUAUUUGCACGUGAUAAAUGGCUACAAAAAGAUGGAAUGCUCUUUCCCGAUAAAGCAACACUUUAUAUUUGUGGUAUUGAAGAUCGACAAUAUAAAGAUGAAAAAAUCAAUUGGUGGGAUGAUGUUUAUGGUUUUGAUAUGAGUAGCAUAAGAAAAGUUGCAAUUAGUGAACCACUCGUUGAUAUUGUUGAUCCAAAACAAGUUGUAACGAAUGCAUGUCUUAUUAAAGAAGUUGAUCUUUAUACAGUGACAAAAGCUGAUCUUGAAUUUGCAUCACCAUUUAAUCUUCAAGUACGUCGUAAUGAUUAUGUUCAAGCACUUGUGACAUAUUUCACUAUUGAAUUCACCAAGUGCCAUAAAAGAACUGGUUUUAGUACCGCACCCGAAUUACCCUAUACACAUUGGAAGCAAACGGUAUUUUAUUUCGACGAAUAUAUGACAGUGAAAAAAGGCGAGGAAAUUUAUGGUACAUUCUCAAUGAAACCAAAUGCAAGAAAUAAUCGUGAUCUUGACUUUAAUGUGGAAAUUGAUUUUAAAGGAGAAUUGUGUACGGUCAAUGAAACUAAUAAUUAUCGUAUGCGCUGAUAUCGUAUUGAUAUGAUUGAUUCCACGUCGUCAGUCACCUAAAAACUUUCUUCGAGUCAAAAAAAAAAAAAAAAAAAAAAAAAAAACAA